GGGGGGGUUGUUAAAAAAUAAAUAUAAGGGCGGCCAUCUUUGUUUCUCUGCCUUGUAGUGUAAAAUAUUCCAAAACGCCCCCCACUUUUUGUGUGUCGAUUUGAAUAUUAAAUAAAUAUCAUAAUUCGGAAGGAAUACACUUUUAGAUCUCGCGGAACGGGGUCACCAACGGGAAUAUAAUGUCAUCUCUUCUCCGUUCUUGUGAGGAAGAUGAGGGCACGGCGGUUAAUUCCGAGGGAGGAGAUUUUGAUGAAGAAGAAGAAGACGACGGAGACCUGGACGAGAACGCAAGCGACAUAAACUCGCCGGCGGCGCCUAGAGAAACUGCAGCAAGAGCCGCGCCAGAUGAUGGAGACGACAUUGGCGAGACAUCAGACAGGGACAACCUGGGGAAAAAGAAACGAGGCCCUAAGAAAAAGAAAGAGACGAAGAAGAAAGACAAGGACAAGGAGGGGAAGAUGGCCAAAGCACGCAAGCGCAAAAAAAUAGACAGUGACAUAGAGAGAGACUCAGAGCCAGACUAUGCCAUGAACUCUGACAGUGCUGUCAGCGAUUAUGGAGGGGAGAAGAAAAAGAAGAAGAAACACAAGGACAAAAAAGAGAAGAAAACCAAGAAAAAGAAGAAAGAGGAUGAAGACAGCACACAUGAAGAGACCACAAAGCCGGUAGAGAUGAAAACAUCAGCCCAGCUGGCUAGAGAGUGGGGGCUGGAAGAUGUCGAUCACACAUUUACAGAAGAAGAUUACCGCACACUAACCAACUACAAGGCCUUCAGCCAGUUUAUGAGACCUAUGAUUGCUAAGAAGAACCCUAAAAUCCCCAUGUCCAAGAUGAUGACCAUUCUGGGGGCCAAAUGGCGGGAGUUCAGCUCCAAUAAUCCGUUCAAAGGCUCGGCAGCAGCCAUUGCUGCUGCUGCCGCUGCCGCCGCAGCAGCCGUUGCCGAGCAGGUCUCCGCAGCAACAGCCUCCCCUGAACCUCCACCUCAGCCACCACCACUUCGCAAGGCCAAGACCAAAGAGGGCAAAGGCCCUGGCUACAAGAAACGCAGUAAGAGUCCUCGUGUCUCAGACAAGAAGAAGCCAAAACCCAAGAAAAUGGCUCCUCUGCGCAUCAAACUGGGAGCACUUGGUAACAAGAGGAAGAAGAGCAGUUCGAGUGAGGAGGUGGAUGAGGACGACUCUGAGCAGGAGAACUCCAGCGUUCACAGCUCUUCAGUCCGCUCUGAUAGCUCAGGACGGGUCAAGAAGAACAAAAGAGGUCGUCCGGCGAAGAAGAAGAAAAAGGUGCUGGGUGAUGAGGAUGGUGAUGGCUAUGAGACUGACCAUCAGGACUACUGUGAGGUGUGUCAGCAGGGAGGAGAGAUCAUUCUGUGUGAUACCUGUCCUCGAGCGUACCACCUGGUGUGCCUUGAGCCUGAGCUGGAGAAAGCGCCCGAGGGCAAGUGGAGCUGCCCUCACUGUGAGAAAGAAGGGAUCCAGUGGGAAGCAAAGGAAGAAGACUUUGAGGACUUUGAAGAGGAGUGUGACGAUGUCCGGGAUGUGGAGGCUGGGCUUGGUGGAGAGGAAGAGGAGGAUGAUCACAUGGAGUUCUGUCGCGUGUGUAAAGAUGGAGGAGAGCUGCUGUGCUGUGACUCCUGCCCGUCAUCCUAUCACAUUCACUGCCUGAACCCCCCACUGCCAGAGAUCCCCAACGGAGAAUGGCUCUGUCCGCGCUGCACUUGUCCACCAAUCAAAGGGCGAGUGCAAAAAAUUCUGCACUGGCGAUGGGGUGAUCCCCCACCCCCUGUUCCUGUCCCUCCACCCCCAGACGCACCCCCUGAUGCCCCGCCCCCUCCACCCAUGAAGGGUCGUCCAGAGAGAGAGUUCUUUGUGAAGCUAGCGGCACAGUCCUACUGGCACUGCACCUGGAUUACAGAGCUACAGCUCGAGAUCUUCCACUCUGUGAUGUUCCGGAACUACCAGAGGAAAACGGACAUGGACGAGCCGCCAAGUCUGGACUACGGCUCUGGAGGAGAGGAGGAUUCUGGGAAAAGUGAAAAGCGGCGGGCCAAAGACCCUCAAUAUGCCAUUCUGGAGGAGAAGUACUAUCGAUAUGGCAUCAAGCCAGAAUGGAUGAUGGUUCACAGGAUAAUCAAUCAUAGUGUGGAUAAGAAGGGCAACUACCACUACCUGGUUAAAUGGAGAGAUCUGACCUAUGACCAGUGCACCUGGGAGAGAGAUGAGCUGGACAUCCCUGAGUUUAGUGCAUACAAAACGGCGUACUGGAGACACAGGGAGGAAGUGAUGAGGGAAGACCCAGAGAAGCCAAGGAAGAUGAGGAGGAGAGAGGAGAAUGAUGAAGCUCCAAGCACGCCUGUUAAUGAUCCCACAAUCAAGUAUGAGGAGCAGCCAGACUUUGUGACAGAGACAGGAGGGACGCUGCACCUCUACCAGUUGGAGGGGCUGAACUGGCUGCGCUUCUCCUGGGCUCAGGGCACCGACACCAUCCUGGCUGAUGAAAUGGGCUUGGGCAAGACCAUCCAGACCAUUGUCUUCCUCUACUCACUGUUUAAAGAGGGGCACACUAAAGGGCCCUUCCUGGUGAGCGCACCGCUCUCCACAAUCAUUAACUGGGAGAGGGAGUUUGAGAUGUGGGCUCCCGACUUCUACGUUGUCACCUACACCGGAGACAAGGACAGCAGGGCCAUCAUCCGCGAGAACGAGUUCACCUUCGACGACACGGCGGUGAAGGGAGGAAAGAAAGCCUUCAAAUUACGGAGAGAAGCACCCAUUAAGUUCCAUGUGUUGUUGACGUCCUAUGAGCUUGUGACUAUAGACCAGAAUGUUCUCAAGUCCAUUGACUGGGCCUGUCUUGUAGUGGAUGAAGCCCACCGCCUCAAAAACAACCAGUCCAAGUUCUUCAGGAGACUGAAUGACUACAAGAUAGACCACAAGCUGCUGCUAACAGGAACGCCACUCCAAAAUAAUCUGGAAGAACUUUUCCACCUGCUCAACUUCCUGACGCCCAACCGCUUCAACAAUCUAGAGGGAUUUCUAGAGGAAUUUGCGGACAUCUCUAAAGAGGACCAGAUCAAGAAACUGCAUGAUCUGCUCGGCCCACACAUGCUCCGGAGACUCAAAGCUGACGUGUUUAAGAACAUGCCGGCUAAAACUGAGCUGAUCGUCCGAGUGGAGCUCAGCCCCAUGCAGAAAAAAUACUACAAGUUCAUUCUGACGCGUAACUUUGAGGCGCUGAAUUCUAAGGGAGGAGGGAACCAGGUGUCUCUGCUCAACAUUAUGAUGGACCUAAAAAAGUGCUGCAACCACCCCUACCUCUUCCCCGUCGCUUCUGCCGAAGCUCCCAAAACACCAAGUGGAGCUUAUGAAGGUGUCGGUCUCACUAAGGCCUCUGGGAAACUCAUGCUGCUGCAGAAAAUGCUCAGAAAACUGAAAGAACAAGGCCACCGAGUGCUAGUGUUCUCUCAGAUGACCAAGAUGCUGGAUUUGCUAGAGGAUUUCUUGGAUUAUGAGGGUUAUAAAUAUGAGCGAAUUGAUGGAGGCAUUACUGGAGCUCUCCGACAGGAAGCCAUCGACAGAUUCAACGCCCCUGGAGCGUGUCAGUUUUGUUUUCUUCUUUCGACACGGGCGGGCGGUCUGGGCAUCAACUUGGCCACUGCGGACACAGUCAUCAUCUUUGACUCUGACUGGAAUCCCCACAAUGACAUUCAGGCCUUCAGCCGAGCUCACCGCAUUGGUCAGGCCAAUAAGGUGAUGAUAUACCGUUUUGUGACUCGGGCCUCGGUUGAGGAACGAAUCACUCAGGUGGCCAAAAGGAAGAUGAUGCUCACUCACCUGGUUGUGCGGCCCGGUCUGGGCUCAAAAGCCGGAUCCAUGUCUAAGCAAGAGCUGGACGACAUCCUCAAGUUCGGAACUGAGGAGCUUUUCAAGGAUGAGAUUGAGGCAGGGGACAAUAAGGAUGAUGACAGCAGUGUCAUUCACUACGACAACGCCGCCAUCGAGCGACUGUUAGACCGCAGCCAGGACGCCACAGAUGACUCUGACAUGCAGAACAUGAAUGAGUAUCUGAGCUCCUUCAAGGUGGCCCAGUACACUGUCAGAGAAGAUGACAAGAUAGAAGAGAUCGAGAGAGAAAUUAUUAAGCAGGAAGAGAACGUGGAUCCUGAUUACUGGGAGAAACUCUUGAGGCAUCACUAUGAACAACAACAGGAAGAUCUGGCCCGCAAUCUUGGCAAAGGAAAGAGAGUCCGCAAACAGGUCAACUAUAAUGAUGCAGCUCAAGAGGACCAAGAGUGGCAUGCUGACAUUUCAGAUAACCAAUCAGAAUACUCUGUGGGCUCAGAGGAGGAAGAUGAGGACUUUGAUGAGAGGCCUGAGGGUCGCAGACAGUCACGCAGGCAGCUCAGAAAUGAGAAGGAUAAACCAUUGCCACCCCUGUUGGCCAGAGUGGGCGGCAACAUCGAGGUAUUGGGCUUUAAUACGCGUCAGAGAAAAGCCUUCCUGAAUGCCGUCAUGAGAUGGGGGAUGCCCGCUCAGGACGCCUUCACCUGCCAAUGGCUCGUGCGAGACCUCCGCGGCAAGAGCGAGAAAGAGUUCAAGGCGUAUGUAUCGCUCUUCAUGAGGCACCUCUGUGAGCCGGUGGCUGACGGUUCGGAGACGUUCGCUGAUGGUGUCCCGCGCGAGGGGCUCUGCAGGCAGCCGGUUCUCACUCGUAUAGGAGUCAUGUCUCUGGUUAAGAAGAAGGUGCAAGAGUUUGAGCACAUUAACGGUAAAUGGAGCAUGCCUGAACUGAAGCCAGAGAUUACUGUGGACUCCAAGAAAUCUUCAAGAGCCUCUUCACCUGCCAUUAAGACAGACACUCCCACACCUGAACUGAGCUGUAACAACACACCAUGCACCUCAAAACCAGCCACUCCCUCUCCACCCGACAAGAUAGAAAAGAGCGUAAAAGAGGCGGAGAAAGAUGAGUGCGAGACAGAACCAGAAAGAGAGAGAGAGAAGGAAAAAGUAAAAGAAGGAAAGGAGGGGGAGAGUGUGGAAAGCACAGAACAUGGAGAGACUUCCACAACACUGGAAGAGGGUGAGAAAGAUCCCGUAACCAGUGAAAAAGCUCAGUCAUCUGAAAGUCCAACAACAGCAUCUGAUGACUCAAAAACAAAAGAAAAUCCUGACAUUUCUCAAUCUUCUCCGAAAGAAAAGAGUGAAAAAGAAAAACAAGAUGAGGAGAGCACUGAAAAAGAGGCCUCCCCAGAGAAAACGUCUGAUUCCCCAUCCAUUAAAGAUGAAAGCAGAGAGGCUCCGAAAGGGGACAAGGGAGAGAAAAGAGAGAAGGCUGGAGAAGAGAAGAAUGAGGUGACAUCUCCUCCCACAGAAACAACAGAAAAGAAAGAGAAGUUAGAUCAAUCUUCUGAUAUCAAAAAAGAGGAGGUGAAAGGUGAAAGGGAUGCUGGGAAGGAGGUCAGAGGGCAGAGGGAGGAGGUACCCAAAGGUAAUGGCAAACCUGCAGAGCGUCCACGGUUUAUGUUCAACAUUGCAGAUGGAGGAUUCACAGAGCUCCACACUCUUUGGCAGAACGAGGAGCGGGCGGCCAUUUCAUCAGGCAAGAUCAAUGAGAUCUGGCACCGGCGACACGACUUCUGGCUGCUGGCAGGCAUCGUGUGCCAUGGCUAUGCACGAUGGCAGGACAUUCAGAACGACCCUCAGUUCGCCAUCGUAAACGAACCUUUCAAAACUCAAGCAAACAAGGGAAACUUCUUAGAGAUGAAAAACAAGUUCCUGGCCAGACGGUUUAAGUUGCUGGAGCAGGCCCUGGUGAUAGAGGAGCAGUUGCGUCGGGCUGCGUACCUCAACAUGACCCAGGACCCCACUCACCCGGCCAUGGCCCUGAACGCUCGUUUUGCCGAGGUUGAAUGUCUAGCUGAGUCCCAUCAGCAUCUCAGCAAGGAGUCGCUCGCAGGAAACAAACCUGCCAAUGCUGUCUUGCAUAAGGUUCUUAACCAACUGGAGGAGCUUCUGAGUGACAUGAAGGCAGACGUAACGCGGCUUCCGGCGACACUCUCCAGAGUCCCGCCGAUCACGGCCCGUCUGCAGAUGUCAGAGAGAAGCAUCCUCAGCAGACUGGCCAACAAAGGCAACGAGACUCACACCCCGCCGCCUAUUCCUCCAGGCCCAUAUGCCACCCCACAGAACUUCGGCCCUCCCUUCACACCUGCACCUUCAGCGGCUCUCACUCUAGCUGGGGCCAACUACAGCCAGAUGCCCCCUGGCUCCUUCAUAUCAGAAGCUCCGUCCUGCCUGAAGACCAAGGAACAUGACGUGCUGCAGCGCCAGAGGGUGGUGGACCUGUGGAAGGACGGCAAGUCGGAAGGGUCAAUUGGGCAGGAGCUCCGCAUGCCCAAAUCCACUGUGCACAGCAUCAUCGUCAAGUAUCGCCUCAGCAACACGGUGGAGAACCUGCCACGCAACGGACGGCCCAAAAAGCCUUAACCUGAAAGAGCGCAAGGAAGAAAGAGACUGUAGAAUGUGAGGGGUAGAAAGGAAUAAAUUAGACAGGAUGGGAGGGUAGGGUGGGAAUGUCUGAAAAUGUCAUAACAGGCAGGAAAAGUUACUGGACUUCUUGAGAAAAGAUUUUCAGGUUAAAUGGUUAAUAAUAGUUAGAUAAAACGAGCAAAUGCAAAAGAGAGAAAUGAAGUAAGGAAAAGAGAGCUGAAACGAGAGCUGUUUGGACGACGAAAACACAGACCUCUUCUUCCACUUCUGCUCUUUCCAGCACUUUUUUUUCUCUUUCUAUCUCCCUUCCACUCUCACUCCCUCUCCCCUUGCCCCCUCCGUUCUCUUUCUUUCAUCUGUCGGUCCGAGAGAAGUCCCAGCAGAUUAAUUUUUCACUUGGCCAAAGGAGCGAGAGUGCUCUUUUAAGUGCCCAAAAUCGUCCCUCCCUAAUUCCGCCACAAAUCACUAUUUUUCUGCAUCCCUUUAUACAGUAUCUCUCUUUCUUUUAUCAUUUAUCCACUCUCCUUCUCUCUUUCUCUCUCACAAGCACAUGCACUCAUGCAGCCUCUCACAAUGUCAGAAGUGAAGGAUUCCAAAGACAGCAGUUUUUUCCAAAAUACCACAAGUUUGUUUUCUGUCAUUAAAACCCCUGACCCAAUCAAAACUGUUUUGGAACUGAGGCACAGUGGAGUGGAACUAUCUUUUUUCCUGGAAACUGCGGACCUCUUGAAAAAUUCUCCAGCCGCGGACUCUCUGCGUUCCUAAAACAGGACUGUGAAAUGUUACAGUGGCACGAAAUCGCCCCAUAUAUAUGGAGACUGAUUCUUCAUCUUUUGCAACCUGUCCAGAGCGCUGACGCAGACAGAAAUAUCUUUGCACCUGAUCUGAGAUCAGUUUAAUGGUUUUCCCAAGCUACCUUAUUGAAGGAGCGCACUGAUCCUGGGUCAGAAGUCCUUGACGACCAAACCUGCCUGACCAAAUUCCUGCGUUGUGCUAGAGCCAGAUUCAAUCCCCAGCAGGACAUUUAUACAGUACAUGACUGUUGUAUGAGAACUCCCUGCAUUCUGCAAAAAUGCACAAACACACCCACAUGUGCGCAAGCAUGCACACUUGAGAGCCACUUAAGUAGCUCUUAUUUUCCACAACGGGGUGUGUUUUAUUGUAGUGGUGUGUUUGCGUGUGUGUGUGUGUGUGUGUGCAAUGCAUGGUCAUGUAUUGUCAAUGGACUGAAGCUAAUUGUGCAUAUGGUUGUGUUUGGUUGGGGUUGAUACUGUACGAAUGUAAAUUCAGGGCUGCUGGUGUGUUGGUUCUUCUGUGUGAGUGAUUAAUUGUGUGAGUGUGCUGGUUGUUUGGAUAGGCCGGGUCACUGAGGCCAGCUGCCAUCUCUGCAUGUUUUUCUGGUUUACCGAGAAAUAGAGUCUUGAGGCAGGCUGGUGUGCAGGAGCAAAACUUGGUUCCCCCUUAGAUAAUGUUUGGUCAGAGAAAGUGGCAUACAGAGAGAGAUGUUUGAAAUGAAGACAGAAAAGAGAUGAUCUAAGUAGGAAUAACAAUUUAAUGAUGAUGAUUAUUUUGAUAAGCGAUUAAUAUGUUUUAAUCUGAUUAUUUCUUUGAUUGAUUUAGAUAGAUAGAUAGAUAGCUGCUCAAGAUUCCAAAUUAUUAUGCAAUUGACGUAUCAGUAGGAUUUCAGUACAGUAAACAUUCAGAUUUUAGUUAGUUCUUCUCCACAAUCACUAUUCAGUUUUUGCAAAAUAUUAGUUGUUUUCAUGCCUUUUGCAAGAUAUUGCACAAUUUCAUGCUUUUCAUCUUCAGAAAGAUAUUUUUUCCUCCCUAUAUUGCAUGAGAACUUGCUUAAUAAUGUCGAACAACCUCUUUCAGCAGGUUUUCCAUUUACCAAAGUAGACCUGGCAAACUAUUUAACAAACCUGUCUGAGAUUGAUACCAGUUAUCUAAAAAGAUAUGAAAAAUAAAGCAAAGUUUUUCUUUGAAAAACUAAAAUCCUACUAUGUCACUUGCAUAAUAAUAUUUUGGAACACACUGUAUAUAUAAGGGGGCGUAAAGGAGGAGGGUUUUAAUUAACAUUAUAGGCAGUAAAAAUAAAAAAAUAAUUAAAAAUAUUUGUUUACAGGAACACAAAGCUUACCAGACAUACAGUUUGGAGUUGGUAAGAUUUUUUUAUGUUUUUGAAAUAAGGCUGCAUUUAUUUGAUUACAAAUAUAGUAAAGACAGCAAUAUUGAAAAAAUAUUAAUACAAAUUAAAGUAACUGUUUUCUAUUUUAAUAUUUUAAAAUGUAAUUUAUUCCUGUGAUGUAAAGCUGAAUUUUCAGCAUCAUUACUCCAGUCUUCAGUGUCACAUGAUCCUUCAGAAAUCAUUCUAAUAUGCUGAUUUGCUGCUCAAGAAGCACUUCUUUUAUUAUUAUUAUUAUCAAUGUUGCUGCUUAAAGUUUUUGUGGAAACCAUGAUAAAUUUUUUCAGGAUUCUUUGAUGAAUAAACAGUUCACAAGAACAGCAUUUAUUUAAAAUAUAAGUAUUUCAUAACAUUAUAAAUGUCUUUAUUGACACGUUUGAUACAUUUAAUGCAUCCUUGCUGAAUAAAAGUUUUAAUUUCUUUCAACAAAUAAAUCUUAAAGACUAACUUUUGAAUGGCACUCAAGUAAUAUGUUAAUAAAAUUUUAGUUUUCCUGUAAAUGACGUCAUAUAAUUGAUUAAUUACAGUUACUGCUCUGAUUUCAAUUAAAUUAUUAAAUGGGCCAUUUAAAAUCUAAAUUUAACACCCAACAACACAUUUUUAAACAAAAACAAACUUAAUUUCUCUGUUAAUUUCUCCCUAACUAAAAUCUUUUAAGUAAUACAACAGCCGAUUAAAAGAUACUUAUUGUUUUCAUUUAAUUCAUUUUGAUUAUUUAUUUCAUUAUUCAUUAUUAUUGAUUUUAUCAAUUAAUUGUUGCAGCUUUAGAUAUGAGAAACAGACAGCCUGGGAAGAGAGACAAAUCUAAAAGAAAGAGUCGGUGAAUCAGAGAGAGACAAUCUGGGACAGAAAGACAGUCUGACAGAAACACGCAGUCUGAGAGAGAAAUUUUGGAAGAGAGAGACAGUCUAAGUAAAAGGUAGUCUGAGAGAGACAGUCUGGGAAAAGAAGCAGCCUGAAAGAGAGUGAGACAGUCUGGGAGAGUGAGACAGUCUGAGCGAGAGAGCCAGAUAGUUCCAAGAUUGUUGAUUGUAGAAGCAGAGAGUCAAGUCACUCCGAGAUCUGAAUCUGAGUAAUGAAUUAUUUUCCUUGGCUCGCGCUGCAGGAGUAUGCAGUACAACGUUCAGAGAUAUGAAAGUCACCCGGCGGGUUUCUAGCUCAGCAUUUCCCCCUUGUAAAGGAGCCCCAACGCAUUCCAUGCUCUCUCCAGACGCGUUCCCAUCUGAAGGCCAUGCAUUCUUCUUCUCUUAUUGCAUGUUUACGAAACGGUGCCAGUCUUAAUCAGAUAAUUGAACUCAAGCGUUAGCAUUAGCCUGUUCCAGUGCACACGUUUCUUUUUUUGCACACUCAAGAACAUUAAUCUCAGCCAAAACCUGUAGCACAACAAACGACUCUGGUGUUAUUGUCCUUGGAAAAACUUUGGUUGUGUAAUUUUGAGGAACACAAGCCAAGAGGGAUUGUUCCUUUGAACAUCUUGCAACUGUUCCUCAGUGCGCUGCAUGUUUAGGCCUGAGACAAAACAGGUAUCCCAAGUGCUCAAUCAAGGUGGCUGUCAGGAUAUUGUGUAAGCAUUGAUGACAUUUUGUUUUUUACAAUUGUCUUGAAAUAAAGAUGCAGCGUCAAAAGCUGUGUUCAUCCGCAAGAGUAAUAGUAGCACAAUUAUUAGCAGGAGUAAUUUGAAUGUAGCCUGGAAUUUGGGGUGGGUUAUUUCUUCAAACCAAAGGUAUUAAAUGAUAUAACCCCAUUUACUAAAUGUUGUAAUAGAAUAAAGUAGAAUAGCAUAGAGUAAAAUAAAGUUGCCACUGUCGCCUCUGGCUUGUUUAGUCGGGGAAACCUAAUAUUCAACAAUAUUAUUGAUCUGCCUGCAUUGACACCAUUGUAUGCGAACUGAACUGAGCUGGAUGAUGACAUCACUGUUUCCUCCAACUGAUGAUUUUUACAAUGGAAAUGAAUCAAUACUGAACUUAUUUAAGCUGGACAAUGACUUCUAGAGCUGCUAUACAGGAAUUAUGUUUCCUGCUAUCACUGUAAAGCUGCUUUGAAACCAUUUGCAUUGUAAAAAGCGCUAUACACUGAUCAGGCAUAACAUUAUGACCGCUGACAGGUGAAGUGAAUAACACUGAUUAUCUCUUCAUCAGUGCACCUGUUAGUGGGUGGGAUAUAUUAGGCAGCAAGUGAACAUUUUGUCCUUAAAGUUGAUGUGUUAGAAGCGGGAAAAAUGGGCGAGCGCAAGGAUUUGAGAGAGUUUCACAAGAGCCAAAUUGUGAUGGCUAGAUGACUGGAUCAGAGCAUCUCCAAAACUGCAGCUCUUGUGGGGUGUUCCCGGUCUGCAGUGGUCAGUAUCUAUCAAAAGUGGUCCAAGGAAGGAACAGUGGUGAACCGGCGACAGGGUCAUGGGCGGCCAAGGCUCAUUGAUGCACAUGGGGAGCGAAGGCUGUCCCGUGUGGUCCGAUCCAACAGACGAGCUACUGUAGCUCAAAUUGCUCAAGAAGUUAAUGCUGGUUCUGAUAGAAAGAUGUCAGAAUACACAGUGCAUCGCAGUUUGUUGCAUAUGGGGCUGGCCAGAGUAUGGCCAGAGUCCAUGCCUCGACGGGUCAGGGCUGUUUUGGCAGCAAAAGGGGGGCCAACACAAUAUUAGGAAGGUGGUCAUAAUUUUAUGCCUGUUCGGUGUGCGGUAACUUGACUUGACGAGUCGCAUUAGCGAAAUUUUGGCAAAAUUCAACACAGCAGAUUUGUGUGACCAACAAAAUCUGUGUAGAGAACAUUUUCUCCCUCACACAAAACUCCCAAUCGCAUAUAUUACUAUGAAAUGACAGGCCUUCGCCUGUUAAAUUUUACCAAGCAACGGUAAACGUGACCACAACUUUACAUUCAUUCAAUGUAAGUCCCAUAUAGUAAUUUCAUGUGUUCCUUCACUAGAACAAGUAUCGUACUAUAGGAUGUUCCCAGCAGGAAUGUUAGACAGUGUUUGUAUUUUAUACAUGACUUAAAGAAUGGCAGAAAUCAUGCCUGUCUGAGUCAUACUGUGAGUUUGCAGAAAAAUCUACAAGUACAGCAAAUGAAGCUAAAGAAUUUCCAACACUAUACACUCACUAUGUGCUUGUGUGUGGUGAACUAAAAUGCUCAGUACUGUUGUCCUCACUUAUAUCUCUUUAUACAAGAUGAGGUUUUGUAUUAUUAUUAUUAUGUAUGGUAUAUAGUAUACUCUGACUGUAUGCAAGUUUACCCAUUAAAGGAUGUCCACAAUGGA